UAAAUUAUGAGUAGGGUAUAAAAAAAAUGGCUUCAAAUGAGAUAAAGUUGGAGAGUAAAAAAACAGAUGCUGAAGAGGAAGAAGAGGAUGAUGAUGAUGAUGAUGAUGAAGAAGAAGAAGAAGAAGAAGAAGAGGAGGAAGACGAGGAGGAACCAAAAUUAAAAUAUGAAAGAAUUGGCAAUGCAUUACUUGAGAUUUUACGUGAGGAUGCUGCCAGUUGUAUGGCUGUCCAUCCGAAGUUUCUUGCUCUUGGUACUCAUUGGGGUGUUGUUCAUAUCCUCGACCAUCAAGGAAAUAACAUUCGUAGCAAAGAAUUUCCAUCCCACACAACCACUGUCAACCAACUUAGUAUUGACUCAGGUGGAGAUUUUAUUGCUAGCUGUUCAGAAGAUGGACGUGUUGUUAUAAAUGGAUUAUAUACAGCUGAAAACAAUAUCCAGCAUACAUUUGACUGUCCCAUCAGAUCUAUUGGUUUACAUCCUGAAUUUGGUAAACGUGGCAACCGGCAGUAUGUAAUUGGAGUUGGUGAAAAGCUUACAAUGUUUGAAAAGGGUUGGUUACGAAAUAAAUCAACAGUUAUACAUGCUGGUGAAGGAUUCAUCAGAUCAGUCCAAUGGAAAAAUAAUUUUAUUGCUUGGGCAAAUUCACAGGGUGUAGAGGUGUACGACACAAGCACAAAGGAAAGAAUAAGCCAUAUAAAACGAGAUGAUGGAAGUCCACGAGAUGAUUUAUUUCACUGUAACAUUUGUUGGAAAGAUGACAAAGUAUUAUUAAUCGCAUGGGCUGAUAAUGUGAAGGUAUGUGUUGUAAAACAAAGAAUGCCAAAUGAUAUUCGUGACUUGCCUACACAUUACGUAGAAAUUGUUCACAUGUUUCGUACUGAUUUCUAUGCAUCUGGCAUAGCCCCAUUUGGUGAAGAAAUAGCUGUGUUGGCCUAUUUUGUAAAUAAGGAAGAUGGUCAAGCACCUCAAAAGGGACUUGCACAAAGACCUCAAUUGUUAGUUAUUCAACCUCAAGGAAUUGAUAGUUAUGUAGAAACAUCCACUGAUGCUCUAUCAGUACGUGGUUUUGAAGAAUACUUGUGCAACAACUAUUUCUUAGAACAUGUCCUUGAAGAACAAUUAUUUUACAUCGUUAGUCCAAAAGAUAUUGUUAUUGCAAGGCCUCGUGAUAUGGACGAUCACAUAACUUGGUUGCUUGAGAAAAAAGACUUCAAGGAAGCAUUAUUUAAAGCUGAGAAGAAUCAGAAGUUGCUAAGACGUCAUUCAGUUCUUAAUAUUGGAAGAUCGUAUCUGAAUUUUCAUGUUGCUCAAGGAAACUACAAAGAAGCUGCACUAAUGUGUGACAGGGUGCUUGGGAGUAGCAAAGAAUUAUGGGAAGAAGAAGUAUACAGAUUUGCAAAGCAUCACAAAUUAAAGGCUAUUACUCCAUACAUCCCUUACCGCAAUCCAAAGUUAGAUAGUACUAUUUACGAAAUGGUGUUAAACGAGUUUCUGCAAACACAUUAUCAGGGAUUUUACAACUUGAUUAGAGAUUGGCCAACCGAUUUGUAUCGAUCACAGACGAUUAUCUACUCUUUGCAGGCAAAGAUAAAAGAGGAACCAAAAAAAGCAGUGUUACUUCAAUCCUUAGCAACAUUGUAUGCACACGAGAAGAAAUACGGUGAAGCGUUACGAAUUUAUUUAGAACUUCGUCACAAUGGCGUGUUCGAAAUGAUAUAUGAACAUAAAUUACUUGAUUACAUUCAAGAAAAGUACUUGGAGUUGAUGGAAAUUGAUAAAGAUAAAGCCACUGCAAUGUUUGUUGAGAAUAUGGAAGAUAUUCCUGUUGAAAGCGUUGUAAAGCAGUUGAAACAGAAUAAAAAGCUUUUGCACCAGUAUUUAAAUGGACUGUUCAUAAAAGAUCCGCAAGCAGGUCAAGAGUUCCACAACCUGCAGGUUGAACUAUACGCCGAGUAUCAAAAAGAUCGCCUGCUGUCAUUUUUACGCAACAGUAAUUACUACCAACUGGAAAAGGCUUUAGAUGUUUGUGAAGAACGUGGUUAUAUACAAGAAAUGGUGUUUUUGUUGGGUCGCAUGGGCAACAACAAAAAGGCGCUAUCAUUAAUUAUCGAUAAAAUGAACGAUAUUCAAAAGGCUAUCGAUUUUGCUAAAGAAGAAAAUGAUGAAGAUCUGUGGUAUGAUUUGAUCACUCAGUCUUUAAACAAACCAGCUUUCAUCAAAGAAUUGUUAUUCAAUAUUGGUACACAUGUUGACCCGCAAAAACUAAUAAAACGUAUUCCUCCUGGUCUCAAAAUCCCGUCACUGCGAGAUGCACUGGUAAAGAUACUUCAAGACUACAAUCUGCAGGUCUCCCUGCACGAGGGCUGUAAAACCAUACUAGAUAAAGAUAGUGUUGCGUUGAUUCAGAAACAAGUGAAAUGUCAAACAAGGGGUUAUGUAGUACGAGACAACCAUAAAUGUCAAGGGUGCCAGGGCGAGUUAAUUGUCGACGACAGCAGAAAUGCUAGCAAUCUUGUAUGUUUUCACUGUCAACAUUACUUUCAUGACUAUUGUCUUCAACAAGCCAGACAAGUGGAAUCUUUCUGCCCCAUCUGUGCAUCGAGUAAAUCUUCCACGAGAAAAAAAGCUUUGCGUUAGCCGAUUUUUUUUUUACAAUUUUUGACAUGGUUUGGCUGUAUAAUUCAAUUUUAUGCUAUCUAUAGGGUUUAUUUUUUGACCCUGUUUUCUUAGUCAGUAACUUAUAGUGCUAAA